AAGGAGAGAAACAACUCCACCCACAUCACACAAACCAACAAACCCACAAGCUCCAUAAAUCUUUCAAGUGAACGACUAACCAAUACGGCAAUACAAUACCGAACCUAUCUUCGAUAUCUCUAGUCUGUUUUUGUCGUAAAUCCAUUGAUCAUGCCGCCUGGUGCCAAAAAGAGAAAGGCUUUGAAGAAGAAGCAGCAGGAGCAGGAAGCCACUGGAGUCGCUACCAACAACAAAGGCUUCAAUGGUCAUGGACAUGAUGAACAUGGAAGCCAAGAUGAGAGAGACAGUGAUGGCAAUUUGAGUUCCCCUGGAUCUCAAGGAAAUGAAGAAUUUGGGACUAGAGAUCCAUCACCUCCUCCAUUAUCUAGUUUAGGGAAAGACAUUGUUAAAGAGAAAGCAGAAGAUGCAGACUUUACUGGGGGACAAGUAGCGAAAGGUGAAGACGUUAUUGAAGUUGGAAGAGGAAGAACGGAUCACGAGGAGAAUGGUGUAAACAAACAACUCAAUUCCUGUCCUGAAAAUUUUACUCAAACUUCUAGAGAGGCUGAUAGUACUUCAAGUUUGGAAAUUUCACCUGCUCUUGAUUCUGUCAAGCCUAUGGGUUCUUCUGUCUCAAAAGUUGUGAUGUCUGACAAAAGUAAGCAAGUUGAGAGUUCGACGGACUCGGAUUCUCUCCAACAGAAGUCUGAUGAAAAGGAAGAGAUCCUUAGUCCAAGAUCUGCUGAGGAAACUAACAAAGAAAUCAAGAAUGUGAAAGAAUAUGAAGUGCCAGAAUGUUCUAAAGAAAAGAGUCUUUUGCCUUCUGGUCCACCAGUUUUUCGAACGUCGUGGUUGAGUUGCUGCGGUUUGUUUGAUGUAAUGGCAGGAUCUGAAAGAUAAAUACGGUAAGCUAAGUAAGAGGGUUCAUGGGCUUGAGCAAGAAUUUCGGAUAGUGGAUGGGCUCCUAGGUAUAGUACUGCUUAGCUCAAGAGUUUCAAUCAGUUUCUCUAUCCUCAUUCAAACCCUUCUCAGAAGUAAUUUCCUACUAUAUCUUGGUCAUGUUUGUUCUUGCUUUCAAGUGUUUGAAAUUGGUUUGAACCAAUGAUAAAUUCCAAGUCAUAUAAUAACAUCACCUAUUUGGCUACCGUUGAAACCUAGCACUGUAGGAUUCUAGUCUCUGAAACUUUGAUUCCUUUACUCGAAAGCUACCUCCAUGUUGUUUACAUGGGUAAUCAGUUAACUUUUACCCACCGUUCAAAGGAUCAGAGUUUUCUAGUAUUCUCUCCACUCUUCUCGAAGGACCUAGUUCUGAUCUUUCUUGAUAUUAUGAUUCAUAAAGUGUAGUUCAUGAAUAUUUGGAUAUGUAUCAUUUUGUCUCAUCAGUGUCUAUGUGUGAUGUGAAGAACAGGAGGAGGAUAAAAUUGCAAACAGUGAACAGCAGAAGCUCAAAGAACAGCCGACAAUACAUGAUUCAUGGUCUGUAGAUUCUUCUCUGUACAAUUCUCAACCAUUUAUAUCUGUUAGAACAAUAAUGUGAGUGUUAUUAAGCAAACAUACGGAAAAAAACAUAAACUUGUCACGUUUUGGAAAUGUAUAUUCGAGAUCUGAACACAGUUAUGUUUUUCGUUUAUACAUCAUAUUUGUCUCUC